CACCCAAAUUCUGAGAUCCACCGGACUAUCGUUUGAACCCCUGACACUGGAAUAUAUAUUACUUUUCAAGUAUCCCUUCACGCACGGGCGCCCAAAAACAAAGCGAACAUACUAGAAGUGCAGAGUAGCAAAUCAACGAUGUCGCAGAACGACAAGGACCCCCCGAACGCGGACUACAACACCCAAGCCGAUGGGUUCAAGUUCGUCCACGAGGGCUUGUCUAUUGUCACGCCCGGGCAGGCAAAAACGCAAGAUACGGUCACCGUACCAUCGAGCGCUGAGAACGCAGCCGGCAGGGAGAUUAAAGAACAGGUCCCGAGAAAGAAAAGAUUGAGCUUCGGUGGCGGUAACGAUGGCCGUGGGAGUCCAAUGUUCGCCAGUCUCGAGAGUGCCCGGGCAAAACGUAUGGCAGAUGGGUACGAUGACCAGAAGCCUCCGGAUGGCUUUCUCGGUGCUACUUUCAAGAGGUUUAUCAGCGCUAGGCCCGGGAACACUCUUUCUGGUGGCAAAUAAUCUCUUCACGAUGGCUUUUUCAUGCCGUGUUCUCUCUCUCUCUCUCUCUUCUCCUUCUCCUUCUUCUACUUCUUUACUCCAUGAGUUGGAACACUUAUGAUUGUGAAUGUUAUUGUUGUUGGUGUUUCGUUUUUUACUGGUUUAUCUGCCUCUCUGCCUAUACUAGGCACCAUCAAGAAUGUCACGAAUUCAGAUCUUGAUUUUGAUUUUGAUUUCUUCCCUCCGCCCCAAGUAGUUGUAUAAAAUAAAUUGAGCCGAACGCAGACCCCGGUUCCUGAUUG